AAAGUUUAGAAAGAUGUUUAUGAUAUAAGGAUCACUUUUCGAGUAAACAAUUUUGUAGGCAUCUUUCGAAUCGAAUGAUUUCGAUCAUUGAUAGCGUAGAACAUCAUGACAUCGACUAGUAAAAGUACAAAAGAGGUUCUGUUGUCUAUCGUCGAUGACAUCGAGUUGAUAGCGAAAGAAAUGAUAGAAAAUACGAUAGUUCAAAAACCAUUGAAACUAUCAAACGAAGAACACUCUCAACUAACAGAAUUGUUAAUCGCUAAGGACAACGAAUUGAAAGCAAUUCUAAAACGAGCGGCCGAGCAAGCAAAAAUUAACCUGAAAAUGGAAGCUUUAAAAGCUGAAGUUGAGAGACAAGACCAAGAUAUUCAACAAUUGCAGCGACAAUUGAAAGAGGCGGAACAAAUUUUAGCCACUGCAAUUUAUCAAGCUAAACAAAAAUUACAAUCGAUUGCCCGUGCUAAUAAGAGACCAGUACCAUCUGAAGAAUUAAUUAAAUAUGCACAUAGAAUAAGUGCGUCAAAUGCUAUAUGUGCUCCACUUACCUGGCAACAAGGGGACCCUAGAAGACCUUACCCUACUGAUAUUGAAAUGAGAUUAGGUUAUCUUGGAAGGUUAAGCGAUCUUCCUUUAAAUGGACAGAUGCCAGGUACUCAUCCUGGAAUAUCAUCAGAUCUGCAUAGGCCUGGACAUCCAGUAGGUGAACCACCUAUAUCACAGGCGAAUCAAUUUGCAUGGCAUUCGUCGGGUGAAAUUCACAUGUCUGUGAGUGGACAAGGAAGUGUUGCCAUGAAUACCCAUAAGCAGGAAACAGAAGAUGUUGAAGUUAUGUCCACAGACUCUUCAAGUAGUUCAUCUAGUGAUUCUCAGUGAAUAUUGAUUUUUUGUGGAGUUUGAGUAAAUUUCGCUUAACUGUUUUAUGGUUUCAGUAUGAUUUUAAGCAAAUUGUAUGCGUAUGAACGUUCAAAAAAGUAUUCUACAACGAGAUACUAGAUUUAUUAGGGAUUAAUAGAGAUUCUUCAUUAUUAGUUUGAUACAUUUAUUAAUCCCUGAUAAAAUGAAGUGAUGAGGAUAUAACAAUAUAAAUUAGCAUUAUACCUUUUA